AGAUAAAAUGUGUAAUUUAUAUUUAUUUGUUUCGUAACUAAAACGUUGUGUUUGUAAAAAAAACAUAUCUUGGAGUUGGAUUUUAACCAGCAAAGAUGGCUGGAAAUUAUGAAACUAUGUUUCUUGAGGAUAAUUUGUUGACUGAAAAUGAUUGGGCCACCUGUCAACAGUUCCCAGUCCUCUCUACUGAGAAUGAGAUGAACUGGUUGGACUUUAGUGUUAGUAGUUCAGAAACCCAUUCCACCCCCCCUCAAAGUGAGGUCACAAUGGACUCUGGGUCUGAUUCUGGCAGUGGGUCUCAAAUCCCACUUGAAUAUAGUAAUUUCUGUAUGGGGGACACAGAGUUUGAUGACAUCAUCAAUGACUUGGAAUCCCCACCACUUACCCCACCAGAGGAGCUAGAGAGCCUGGAUAGUUUUGUGACGUCACAAAACGUACAAAAUAUUUCACUGGAUCAAUUGUAUCCGCAUUUAAACAACACACAACAUGACAGUGGACCUCAAUUGCAUGCAGCGAGCCAGCUUCACAACAAAGCCACCACUCGGUGUCGUAGUGGAUCAUCAUCCUCCGCUUAUUCGUCACAAUCAUCAACUCCGCCCCCUCCAACCAACCAAUCAGGAAACAUCUUCGACACAGCUUUUCAAAGACAGUCAACUCAACAAAAUUCAGAUGAAGGGUUUUAUGAAAAACAAGCUGUAAUGGAAAACACUAAAAGAAAAGGAGUUAUACAAAAACGGUCACAAAUGAUUCCAAAAGAAGAGAGUGAGUUCGACAAAGCUGUUAAAGAUGCUCUUAGGGAAACUAACAGGUUACUUAACAUGCACAGAAAUGUUCCAGAACCAACAACAGAAACUUCAAAUAAAAUCGAAUGUCAAAAAGCUCCAGUUAUUGACCUAAGACAAGUUUGUGAUAAUGUGAUUUUAAAUGGAGACAGCUCUACCACCCAAGCCGUAUCCAAUUCUCCAGUGAGGUCAACCAUGCACGAAGGGUCAUUGAAGCGAAAAUCAGCCAAGCGUUGCAACCGGAAAUUCAAAAAAACAAUCACCGCUGAGAGUUUACAAGCAGUUAGCAUGGCAAGCUAUACAAGGAAAAUGGGGGUUCCCCCAACUCAGGAACAAGCACAAUCAACUCAAGUUACAACUUCUACAUUAAGUUCAUUCCAGAUCCCCCUUAGCAGUGUUGCCGAAGCUGCCCCGAUGCGAUUAUAUGUGAAACAGGAGCCGGUAUCAAGCUUGUAUCUUACCACUACCCCCACCCAACCUACUGUAUGCAAUGUAAUGUCAGUGAAUAAUUCGCAUAAUAUGGUGAUUCCCCCUUCUAUACCCAUAAACCUCACCCAUGUUACCCCUAAAAAUGAAGUUGUUUUACCUCAAAGCUUCGUUGUCAGAUCAGACACUUUACAUACUGGUGCUUCUUCCCCAUUGGUUAAUAUUUCAACCAAUGGCAUUCUAGCUCGGCCAAAGAUACUUCCACUGACCAAUCACAACCAACCACCAAGUGAUCAGAAAGAAGGAAAGCACAGUCAAACAAAGUCAGCAACCAAACCCCUAAUGGGUUCAAUCGGGGGUCCCAAGAAACCCAUUGUACCCGCCGCUUACCCCAGUUUUACCCCUACUGUAAUCGGGGUGAACCCAGUCAUGGGGUUGGAGCAAAGAAAUGAACAACUGACUAUAAAAGACUUGGAUGGUAGAGCAAUGAAACGUCAGCAGCGAAUGAUAAAGAAUCGUGAAGCUGCCUGUCAAUCAAGACAGAGAAGGAAAGAAUACGUGAGCACAUUAGAGCAACAAAUGUUGGAAUGUUUGGACGACAACAACAAGCUUCGAUCAAUGAAUCAACAACUCAGGGAUAAAGUGAUGGAACUUGAAAAUGAGAACACUCGUCUUCGUAGCUUGGCUGGUAUGACCACUAGCGGUCAGCGAAGAGCAGCUUGUAUUCUUAUGCUCGUUCUAUUUAUCGGGUUCAAUAUUCACCCACUAAGUUUUCUCGCUAACCAGUCAAUUUCUGGUGAAGACACACCAAUAAAGUUCACACCAGAAGAUGCUGGCAACUUUAAUGUAGUCAAAAACUGGCCAGCACCGGUUGAAUCCGGUUUUCAUGGCAGGCAGCUGCUCUCUGUUGAGGAGCAAGGAGGAAAAAGUGAGAGAGGAGUGGGAGGAGUUAGAGCAGGGAGUGAGACUCAGGUGUCAUCUAGUUUAAAGAAGGAUUCUUUCUGGAUGGAUGAUUUGGUUAAUAAUUAUAAGAAGGAACACCUGGAUAAGAUCCUUGAGGUCCUCCGAGAUACUUCAUCCAUCUCACUACAGAGGAUGUUGAGGAGGAAACUAAAGGAGGAACUUGGGAUCAGAGUCCCGAUGCCGAUACCGAGGACCAGGAGAAUAUCUUAUACUCCCACCAACACACAUGAACAGAGGCCACCAGACAUGAACAGUAUUAACCAAAAAUUAAGAUUCUAUGCUCCAAAGCCACAUCCGAGCAUUAAACCAGCGCCAACCAAUGUGAAAAUUAACUUGUGUGAAAGUUUAAACAAAAAUGAGAAACAACUGAAUGAGACUGAAUCUAUAAGGGUCAGCAAAGACUUGGACCAAUGGAUUGCCAGAGAAAAACAUAAUAAGGAAUCAAAUCAUAUGAAGAACUAUGUGAAUAAGAAACCACCUGAUAGAACUAACAAGAGAAGUAGGAGAAUUGCUGUGUCUCCUCAACAAAGAAGGCCAACCAAAGCAACAGGCAUAGCUCUUUACAAAGAUAAAGAAAAUUCUUUCAACAAGUUUCUUGAUUUAUUAAACCGACGCAAUGACACAAUAUAUGUGAUAUCUCUUAACCAGGAUCACAUUCUCCUCCCAUCCACGGUGAAGAAUUCCUCGCUCCCCACUAAGAUGUCACUUGUUUUCCCCACUGCUCCACCUAAUGAAACUUAUUCAAACAAUGAGGUUUACCAGACAUUGAUUCAAAUCGAUUGUGAGGUCACAGCUACUGAUUAUUUACAAGUCAAACGUGAAUUGUUGCCAAAUAGUCAAAACCAUGUUCCUAAUACAGUUCAACACACUACAGAGCCAACCAAUAGAAAAAGGAAAGCUUACCACGCACCUCAUGCUACAAAUGAAUUAAAAGUCCGUCGUAAGAGCAAAACGAAUGAAGAAGCUGAUGCAACAGUAACAGAUGUAGAUUUAUAAACAAACCCGAAAUAUCUGAAAAAUUUAUAAUUUUUAUAUAUAUUGUAGUCUAUUCACACAAAUAAUAAUAGCACAAAACCAGACUUUUUAUUUAAGGGACCAUUUUGUAUGUUUUGCAUAUGUAUGAAUGUAUAUACUAUUUUUAGUUCAAGUUAAAUUUAAAACUGUUUAGUUCUAUGUAUUGCAUUGUUGACUGAUUAGCUUUGCCUGUUUAAACCAUACUUGUUAGUUACUUAGCGCUGAUUUAACUUGAUUUUUAUUUUGUCAAUACUUAGUUGCAAAUGGGUGAUGCAAUGAUUUAUUGAAUUUUAAAUUUCCAUUUUUAGUUUUUUUUAUUGCAUAAGGAGUUCUGUAGUUUCAAUGGCCUUAACCCUGUUCCAAAAUUGUCAAGUCUACAAUCAUACAUACCUUCUAAGCUAUGCUUAUGUAUCCAAGAUUUUGUGAUUAUUUUAUAUUCGAAAACCAACUCAGUUCUUUCUUAAACUUAUUUCUUUGUUGGUGCUUUAAAAAAUGUUGUUUAAAAAUAUUGAAAACAUUGUGCAUUCUACUAUAGGUCCCAUGCCUUAGCAUUUAAACGGACCUAGGAUUUUGGGGCAGGUUUUUCCAUUACCUGAUUAACCUUGUGCAUGCAUUGUAAGUUAAUAUUAGAUUGUUAGAAACUCAUUUCCCUUUUCAACUGAUCACUGUGUAAGGUUAUGUGGUGGAAAAGCAAUCAUUAAAUAAAAAUUUUAAAUACUGAGUUUUCAAACAAAA